ACAGAGCUGUCUGUCAUCUGUCAAUGUGAAGAGCAAAACCAGCUGAGUGCUUAUAUUUGGUUAGUUUGUUUACUAGUUUAAGUCGGUUUAAAUUUUACAUAAUAAUGUCGGUAAAGAAAGAUCUUUUACAGCUCUUAAGGCCGUAUUAUUUAGUUAAUAUAAUUCUUAGUUUAUCAUACAUUGUUAUUAAAAGAAUUCCAGGCGUUUGCAACUAUAUAUUUAACACAGACAACUGUGAAUUUGAAGGGAGGGAAACGGAAAUACUAUUUUUCCUACUUAUUGUAAUCGUAAUGCGAACAAGAAAAACAGGAAGUGUUAGCAUGAUCAGCUAUUUAUCAUCCAGUUUUAUAUACACAAAAAUUGCUAACCUUAUAUUGUGGUUUAAUGCAGAUUAUAAAAUGGGCAUUGUUUAUGGAAUUCUAUUUAUAUUGGGUGCUUUAUUAGUUCCUGAGCCAGCCUACUCAGGUCCAAAUAAUGUGAUCUACUUCAAAGGGGAAAGUGAUUUAACUGAGGAGGUUUCCAAUAAGACAACUUGGCUGGUGGCCUUUUACACUGCUUGGAAUCCAACUUGUGUUAAUUUAGCCCCUGUGUUUGCUAAAUUAAGUACAAGUUAUGCUCUGGACAAUUUAAAAUUUGGAAAAAUUGAUAUUGGGAGGUAUCCAGAGGCUGGCAAAAAGUAUCAUGUUAGUGACAGCAGUAUGAGUAAACAGUUACCAACUAUUAUCUUGUUCCAAGAAGGAAAAGAAGUUACGAGAAGACCAAUGGCAGAUGCAAAAGGAAAACUAAUAAAAUUCAUGUUCUCUGAAGAAAAUUUAAAGAUGGCCUUUGGUUUAAACAACUUGUAUGAAACAGCAAAAAAAGAAACGAAGUCGGAAAACAUUAGUAAUUCCAAAAAAAAUAAAUAAUUAUAAAAAUGCAAUCUUUAUUACCGUUGAGAUUGAGGAUAGAAUAAAAUGUUUGUUUGUGACACAAUGAGCACUCGAAAAAAAAAAUUUCUUAAAAUAA